AUGCCACCAACACUUGACGACAUACUGGCCGCUCUCAAGCGCAUUGAAAAUGGCGAAAAGCCUGCUGCUGUUGCUCGUAGCUCUCCAUUGAAGAGCUCUACGAUAUACAAGUACCAGAAGAUGGAAGCCCAGACUGGUUCGAUUACAAUCAAGAAACGACGUGCUAAGCCGUUCAUGCCACCGGACAUGGAGGACGAUCUUGUGUCUUGGAUCGAAGCAAUGCAACGCAGUGGAUGGCCUGUCGAGCGUUACGAAGUCAUUCUCAAAGCCAGCCACAUCAUGUCAUACCAUGUUGGAGUCGCUUGUUCGCUUGGGCGUGGCUGGUUCGCCCGCUUUGAGAGUCGACAUCAUGACUUGUCGGCGCGCGUUGCUCAAAAGUUGAGCCAUGCCCGCAACUGUGUCACCAAGGAGGGCAUUGUGAUGUACUUCUACGAUCUUGUCAAGGGGUGCCUGGGUUUCAAGUGCACGGCGGGGGACGUCUACAACAGUGACUCGUACCACCUCACCAUCGUGGCUGCUGUGGCUGCCGAUGGAACGCCGGUUCCACCUGCGUUCAUCGUUCCCAGCAAGAGUUGCGCCCGCGGGGUACUUGACGACUGCCCUGUACCUGGUGCAUUGGUGUCGGCUGCUCCAAAGGGGUUCAUGAACUCGGACCUAUUCGACAGUUGGUUGGAAUCGUUUGGUGAAUGGAAGUUGCGAGAACGUGCUGCACGACCUGCCUUACUUGUCCUCGACAACUGCUCCUCGCAUCUGUCGGAGAACAGUCUCACGAUUUGUGAGGCGUAUGGGAUUUACCUCGCUCGACUCCCUCCCAAUGCCACGCAUUUGCUGCAACCUCUCGACGUCGCGUUGUUCCGGACGUUCAAGCGAACGAUCGCCCGUGCCGUGACCCAACGACUCCAAUCGCUGAACGUCACAACUCUGCCCCGACAGGCCGCCAUCCAUAUCGCCGGCGAAGCAUUCAAUGCCGUGUUUCCUGCUGUCAACGGUGUUCAGGAGCAAAACAAUGGUGGGUGCACGAUGACGCCGACCUCCUGUGUGAUCUACGCGCAUGUAAUCGACACGUGUGGCAUGCAAUCAACUCUCUCUGCGUUCUACGGCAACCUCACCAUGACGGCACGCGAGACAAUGCGCAAGAAGAUCUACUCGUGGUUGGCCAAUCGAAACCACAUUGAAACCAUGGCGUCGAGUGCACGUACCGCGUCGAAGAGGUGCUGGCGACCGCUCGGCGCGGGGACGACGCUGACGGCAGCGGCAGAGGACCAGCUCGCCCAGUGGGUGCUCGACAUGCGCAACGACGGCGUGCCAGUGACGCAAGCGAUGCUGCGUGUCAUGGCACUGGAGGCAGCGAUCGACCUAGGCAUAGAGGACCAUGAGUUCCUUGCUGGAUGGCACUGGAUCCACGGGUUCAAACGACGCCACGGCUUGUCACUCCAAUCACGUACCCGUAUUGGCCAGGAUUCACCAGACGAUGGCGUGGCGGCACUGGAGGCGUUUUCGGCGCGGGUCAGGGCCCUGGUGCUGGAGCACGACAUUAACUUAGUCUACAAUGCCGACCAAACGGGUGUGAACUACGAGUACCUACCGACAAAGACGCUCAACACGGCUGGCGACAUGACCGUUUGGGUCAAGUGCAGUGGGAAGACCAAGGAGCGCGUGACGGCAAUGCUGCUGGCGGACUCGAACGGCACCAAGCUCCCCCUCUUCCUGAUGCUUCGCACGGCCAAGUCGAAAGUCGAAGCCGUCGUCAAGGAGAACUUGACCCAACGCCAUGGGUUUGGCAAGACGGUGUGGCAGAGCGUCGAGCCUACCCAAGGACAGAACAACAGUCAGAUCUACGGCAACCCGACGGCUUGGUGGAACUCCCCCAUUUCGUUGGCCAUCCUGAAGUUCCACUUUGGGCAGCGUGCCGACCGCGCCACCAAGAAGGUCCUCUUGCUCUGGGACGACUUCUCCGUGCACUUCAUGGACGACGUCGUGGCCUACGCAAAAGAGAUCAAUGUCCUGCUGGAGCGAAUCCCACCAAGAUACACGUGGAUCUGCCAACCUGCCGACGUCGCGUGGAACCGCCCGCUGAACACCACGAUUGUCAAUGGGUUUAGAAAGUGCUGCUUAGUCGAUGGUGAACCUGUAGAGGAAGUGGUGUCGGGUGGUGUUGUGGACGACACGGUUCUGUCGGAACUGAUGGCUGUGAGCUCCAUUGAGGAGACCAUUGACCCUGACGGCGACAUUUUCAAUGGCGACGACAGUGUUGAUGAUGGAACGGAUGCAUUUGAAUAA